AUGACUUCCACAAUCGGUAUUCCCAUCAAGCUCCUGAACGAGGCACAGGGCCACAUUGUUACCCUCGAAAUCACCUCUGGUCAGACCUACCGCGGCAAGCUCCUCGAUGCUGAGGACAACAUGAACGUCCAACUCAAGGACAUCACCGUCACCGCCCGCGACGGCCGCGUCUCCCAUCUCGACCAGGUCUACAUCCGCGGCUCCCACGUGCGUUUCUUCAUCGUUCCCGACAUGCUCCGCAACGCGCCCAUGUUCCGCAGCCGCAACGUCCGUGGCCGUGGUGUCGGUCUCGCUAGAGGUCGCGCAACCGUCAGCCGAGCGCGCGCAGGCGGUCGAGGAGGACGAUAA